AUGUCUAUAUGUGUGCUUCAGGUUUCAGGCUUUUUUUCCACUUUUUGGGGAGCGACGACAGCCUUAAAAGAGCAGCUGUGUGGAUAUGAUGGCGGGACGACGCACUGAAGACCCGAACAUGACGACUUUAUCUCCAGAGGUAUAUUCUGCCUUUUCAAGUUUGACCACCAAGGAGCUGCAGCAGAACUUGAGAGAAGAGAAGCUGAGGGAUCGACCCGUCAGGCUGCUGUUUGAAAUCCCGUCGACUCGCAUCAUCACACACACUCUGUCCAAAUACGUGGUGUACGAGGUCGUGGUGAUGCGCUCUGGCAGCUUCGACUCUCAUCGUGUGUCCGUGGAUCGCCGCUACAGCGACUUCGCCCGCUUCCACCACACGCUGCUGCAGGAGUUCAACGAGGAGCUGGAGGAUGUGGUGCUUCCUCGCAAAAUCCUGACUGGAAACUUCAACCCUGAAGUCAUCUCAGAGCGGCGCCUCGGCCUCCAGGACUACCUGGCUAAACUUUACCAAACACGCUGCGUACGACAUUCGCCUCUUUUCCCCAAAUUCUUCACGGAGCAGGAGCAGAAGCGAGCACAUGGUUUGCUGCGAUCCGGACAGUUCAGGCUGGCUGUGGACCAGCUGCAGAUCAUUUUGGGGAUUCAGGAGAAGCUCUUGCCGUGGCAGAAGCCCACCCUGGUCGUACCGACGCUUUCCGCCCUCGCCGUUUGUUACCGGGACCUGGAGGAUCCUGAACAAGCGUUUGCUGCGGCUCAGAAGGCUCUGCCGCCGGUGAGAAGAUACGGACUGAAAGACUACAGGGCCUCGCUGCUGGACCUGCUGGUGAAUUUAGGAUACCAGCUGGGCAAACCAGUGGCCCAGUUACAGGAAGAACUGACUAUGCUGAGAGACACUGAGAGAGGAGAGGUGUUCACCCGCUCCCUGAAAGAGUUAGUGGUGCAGAAGUUCAUCUGAAGACCAGAGUUACGGACUGAUUCUGGAGCUUUUUAGACAAGUAUUAAUUUAUAACGCUGCAAUGUCGGAUCAGCCAUGUUCUU